AUGUAUAUGAAAGGUAUAAAGAUAGUUGCAACAUCAUGCCAAUAUCGAACUAGUAAACUAAAUACAGGGCAGCAUUAUCACCAAAGUAUAUCAAUCAUGACAGUAAGCAAAGAAAAUCCGUAUUAUACUAAUAAUGAAGAUGAUAAUACUCUAAGAAUAUUCAUUAUCAGACAUGGUCAAACAGAGCAUAAUGUUCUUAAAAUUCUUCAGGGACAUAAGGAUAUUCCAAUUAAUAAUACAGGUUUUGAACAAGCUGAGAAAUUAGGCGUUUAUUUGAAAGAACAAAACAUCCAUUUUGACAAAGUAUUUUCUAGUGAUUUGAUUAGAUGUCAGGAAACUUUACAAACUGUCCUAAAAUAUUCAGAUCAAACGGAUGUCCCUGUAGAGUUAACCACUGCAUUAAGAGAAAGACAUAUGGGGGUCAUUGAAGGCAUGCACAUUAGUGAUGCUGAGAAAUACGCAGACAAACAUGGCAAAGGUUCCUUUAGAGAUUUUGGUGAAGGAUUUGAAGAAUUUACAAAGAGACUAACGGAUGGUAUUCAUCAUGCAGUCGUUGAAAGUAACGAAAAGAAUUUAAAAAAUAUAUCUUUGAUGAGUCAUGGUGGUGCAAUUAGAACCAUAUUAAAAUGGUUAGAUUAUAACGGACAAAACGCUCAAAAGAUUAUUGUAUUUAAUACAUCCGUGACCAUUGUUGACUAUAUGAAAGAAACCAAACAAUUUGUUGUUAAAAGUGUGGGUAACACUCAACAUCUUGGUGAUGGUGAGUUUGUUGUCAGUGAUUUAAGACUACGUUAA